AUGAUAGGAACGUCACUAUGGGAUUACAUCUUCAUUCGGGCGUGCAUAUUCUUCCUGCACCUUAUCGCACCUGUCAGUAUCAUUUAUACUCUGGUCAACGUGCUGGUUGGCCUUCCCUUCCAACUUCCCCAGGCUCUUCAGGUGUGGCUCGCCCUCGAGGCUAGCUUUUAUCUCGUCGUCUACCUACCGUACAGCAAAUACCUACAGAAGGCCGCUAGGCACCCCACACUACCCUGCCGUGAGGAUCGCAGGAAGCUGUUCAAGCGCUGUCAUGAAACGAUUCCUGAUCCGGUCCAAUAUCUGAGAAAAUGGUUCCGAGGUGCGGCAGAGGCAGAAAUCAAGCGAGAGAACGUCAAGGAUUUCUUCCGGUGGGCUUUUUUGAAUACGGGAGAAAUUGAAUCGGCAGACGAGGAUGAACUGGAGGAGUAUGUUAGAGAGAUGGAGACGUUGUUGGGGAGGAAGUUACAGCCUGGCCGAGGCAGGGCAGAGUGCCUCAGGCUGACUCUCGACAAGGUUGAGAUGUUGCAUCGGAGCUUGACGUGGUAUUCAUGUGUAUUCAUUGUCGAUCUUUUGACGUCGAUUCACUUGCGAUACCACUCUUUCGACUUCUACCGCACGCAGUUCUGCGCUCUUUGGCUAUCUUCCCCGCACGCCCUCACAAUUGGUGCUAAGCGUUCACUUGACGGGCAAUUGGGAAUCAUCGCUAUAGAGAUUAUGUCUGUCAGUUCUAGAAUAACGGCAGAGGCAAUGUCAAAAGAGCAAAUAUGCAACGAGAUUCGUCACAUAUUAGAAGCACAUGGGUGGGACAAAUGUGUCCUAGUAUCGCAUUCUUAUGGGAGUGUGGUUGCGGCGCAUCUCCUCCGCAGCCCAAAAAUUGUGCAAAAGAUUGGACCGGUUCUAUUUGUUGAUCCUGUGUCUUUCCUCCUCCAUCUACCCGAUGUGGCGUAUAAUUUUAUCUGUCGGGAACCACGCCGGGCUAAUGAAUACCUCCUCUCUUACUUUGGUUCUAAGGACAUGGGCAUCUCCCAUACGUUAUUCCGGCGCUUCUUCUGGGCUGAUAACGUCUUGUGGACGGAAGACAUUAGCAAGCAUCGCGUGUCCGUCGUUUUGGCCGGUAGAGACAUAGUAACCGACACGAAAGUUAUUCGGGCGUAUCUUAUGGGCCCGAAAGAUACAACCCUGAAGGGAAAGGCUUGGAAAGACGAAGCGUGGAGAGAUGACGGGUUGGAAGUGGAAUGGUUCCCACAGUUUGAUCAUGGACAGGUUUUCGAUGAUGAAGCGGCUAGAGGAAUAGCCUCCAAUAGUCUUAUAUGA